AAAAUUCAUAACCACAAAUCAGAGACCAGAGAAGUACAACCUAACAGCGGGGCCAAACUGUAUUAGCCUCAGCUCAGCUUUAUCCAUCUGGCAGCUGAAGGGACCAGCGCUUUCUAGUCAUAUUGAGCAGCUCUUGUAUGUCGCAGAGGUGCGCAGUGUGUCGUGCUUUGCUCCAAUGCUGCGCAGUACUGACGUUCCUCAACGCUUCUUCAAGAGCCGGAAACAAAACAUGUGUGUCAUGUGAUUUCUGCUCUGUCAUUUGACUAGAAUGUUGCUGCAAAGUUAAUUCAGCUCGAAAACAAUUUAGAGGAGUUGCCGAGCGGUCUGGAUAACACCAUGGCUGACGACUUAAAGAGAUACCUGUACAAACAGCUGCAGAGUGUUGAAGGUCUUCAUGCUAUUGUAGUGACAGACAGGGAUGGGGUCCCAGUCAUCAAAGUUGCCAAUGACAACGCUCCAGUCCAUGCUCUGAGACCUGGCUUCCUGUCCACCUUUGCUCUGGCCACAGAUCAGGGCAGCAAGCUGGGCCUCUCCAAGAACAAGAGUAUCAUCUGUUACUACAACACCUACCAGAUAGUGCAGUUUAAUCGGCUACCACUGGUCAUCAGUUUCAUCGCCAGCAGCAAUGCAAACACAGGUCUCAUCAUGAGUCUGGAGAAGGAGCUGGCACCACUAAUAGAGGAGCUGAGGCAGGUGGUGGAGGUGACAUAAUGUCACACAGACAGGAUCAAGAGCAGGAUCCACAGCAGAAUCACCAGUGGAUCACAUCCUGCCCACUUAAUCUCUUUGUGUCUAAUGUUGCGUUCAUGUCCUGUGGUAAAAACCCACCUGAAGGUUUGAACAAAUCUAAGUAAUGACUUGGAAGUGUUGACAUCUUCAGAUCAGUUCACAUCAUGAUUGAACUUUUCUGUACACUUUGUUUUCUGUUGACUUUGCUUAUCUGUAGUAUUUUGAUGCUCUUCAUCAACAUUUUCACAUCUAUGGUAAAGAGUUCUGCCAAAUCACAUGUCAAGAUGUCUGAAUAAAUGUUUCAUUUUUAGCACCUAAAA